AUGUUCGGUUUACCUCAGCAAGAGCCCUCUGAAGAGGAGAAGAAAUUGCAUCAACAGGCCACCAACAGGACGUUGAUGAACGCCUUUUACGCUGGUGCUCUGCUAUGGUUGUCGCCUAUGGUGUGGCAUUUCAUCAAGAGGCAGUGGAAAUGA